UCUCGCCCCAAUGGUUCCCCCAAGUUCUACCAAGCUAUAAAAUAUUUGUAAUUUGUAAUUGAAACGUGCUUCAAUUCAUCGCUUUGAUAAUGAAUUUGACACGGCCGCCGUCAGUCUUAUCAUUCAUUUUGUAUACAAUCUCACAUGACUCGCGUCUUUGUUGUCAUGGUGAAACGGUGUAGCUGCAUCAACGAGUGGAAAUAUGCUGUCGGCGAUGGGAUAAACAGUGAUCACAGUCAUUAAAAGAAGGGUCCUAUGUCAUUUUGGCUAUGUAUUUGAUGCACACAUCUGAUCGUUGAUGUACAGCGAUAAUUUGCUAAUACGCGAGACGCGAUACGCGGUGGCUCGUUUUACAUCUAAUGAAUAAUGGGUUGUGUCAAUAGCCGGACAGACAUAACCGAUUUAUAUCCAAAUGUCUUUCAAGUGAUGAAUAUAGAUGAUGACGGAAAUAUCGUUUCUCCUGGCCGUUUAGAAGUCACUGAUACAGACAUUAUAUUAUACCAGCGCAGCAAGCCGCCAAUAAAAUGGCCGUUGCGCUGUUUAAGGCGAUAUGGAUUUGAUAUAGAUGGGCUUUUCAGUUUUGAGUCUGGUAGACGGUGCUCUACAGGCGCUGGAAUAUACGCUUUUAGAUGUCUGAAGGCCGAAGAUUUGUUUAAUCUUGUACAAACAAAAAUUCAGGUGCGCAAUAACGCUGGCGAUAACCCGCUGUCAACAGAUCUUCCAGUUGCAUCACAUCCUAUUGCAGCAGCGAUACCAUCAGAGCCUAAUUAUUUGGAUCCAACACCCAGAAGUAAUAUUUGCGCGGUAUCUAGAUUUAUUCAUAAUCAGAAUGGUAUUGGAAGAUUGAACAGUGUCGGAAGCAGUAAUGGUCCUAUUUCACCCCAAGAAACCAUAGGAUCACCACCAGCUACGAUGCCACCACCACCACCAAUUUCUCAAUCUCAUCCGUCCUUUCAAUAUGUCAAUGAAGAAUUUUUGUCAUCUGCGGCCAUGGAAAUGGAACGUAACAAUAACAAGAGUCUUAUAAGCACAACGCAGAGAUCGCCACAAACCGAUAACACGAUAUCUAACGAUGAACUCUUGACGGACAUGGAAUUGAUAUCUAUUCAGCGUGGUACAGAUGUCACCAGCUGUGACUCAGCUUUGCUGACUGCGCCGUCUUAUGUGAACAUAGAUAUCCACGGUGAUGACCUUCCAUUUCGCCAAGGCACAACUUGCGAGACGACGCAACUCAAGAAGGAUAACGACGCAGGUGGUCCUGAACACGCAUACGAGAACAUAAGUCCCGGACAAGAGCAUUUGGAGCAUGUUGCCGUUAGAGUACGUCCGCCUCCGAUACCUAUCUUGCCGCCGGACGUGGACGAAGGCUCCAGGCAUUGCUAUGUUAAUCUGGAAACGAAUGAAAUCGAAAAGAAGAGAUUCUCCGGCACUUCGGUGAUCGAGCGAUCGCCCUUGGCGCCUUCCACGCCAACGGGAUGCUCGAUUAAGGAGAUGUAUUAUGCGGAUUUGGAUUUGAAGCAGAAAGAACCACUUCCUGCUUCGGAGGAAGCGACGGAGGAAGCGGUGGAGGAAACGGCAGAGGAAGCGCCAUCUCCGAACAAGCUGAAAGAAUUUUACGCAAAAAUAGACUUUAACAAAACGAUCGCUGUCCAAAACUGUGUCAAUCCCGAUCUCGAGAACGAUGACGAAGGCUUCAGGAAGACUCGUCACAACUCCACAAACGAUCAGGUCUAAAUGAACCUGACAACAGGCACAAUUCAUCAGUAAGUGAGUGACAUUUUAUAUUUCAUACAAAAAAAAUUCUCAUAACGGCUAUCUGUUAUUUGCAGUAGAAAAAAAGUUGGGAAGGAUCGAUUUAGUUUCACUAUGAGCCUCUGAAAUCAUUGAAAUAAUUUGAUUAAACGUUAAAUAUCCGAUGUUUCUUAACACAUUGGAAGCUAUAGUAGUCGAUAUACCAUGAAAUAUUCCAGUGUGCAGUCUCUAAACAUGGAUUUAUAUGUAUUUUCAGUGCAUUUUAUCAGAGCAACCAGUAUUCAUAAAUAAUAAGUCUGUUUUUCAAGUGGAAAUAAGGCAUUAUAGAGAAAAUGUUUUUUAUAUGACAAGUGCAUAGAUAAGUUUGUAGUAUUUCAUGCAGACAGAUUUUUUACAUUUAGCAUUUUGGAGGAAUUGGAAGCUAAAAUGCCCCAAUCUUUUUUCUGUAAAUAUUGUAGAAAUUAAUACGGCUCAAGACAUCGAUUGUAACGAAUACAAAAAAUAGUAUGAUAAAGGAAAUAUGAUAUACUAUAAACUAUCGCUGAUAACAGAAAACGUAAUGGCUAAUUUUAAAUAAUUACUAUCACCAAUGAUUUAUCGUAUCUGUGAAGCGCGAAGGCAACUAAUAACAACAAAACAGUGUGAAUUUAAUAUUACUAACAAUAAGCCGUCAUUUAAAAUAAGAUCAUGAAUAGCAUAUUCAUAUGAAAUUUGAUACAUGUGAUGUGAGUAACUAAUAAUAUUCAAGACAAUGUUGAAGUGAUGCGGAAAUCUGUUGAUUUUCAAAGGUUAUAUAUUUUCGCAUUAUAAGAGUUUUUUAUAUGAGCAUUAUUUAGCAUUAUAUUAUUAAUCAUUACUCGUGCACGAGAACGUAAUGGAUAAUAAUUUUAUUAAUGAUUUUAAUUGAUUUGGGCAAUAUUUCCUUUCAAUAGCUUUUAAUCAGUAAUAAAAUUGUGAUACAAGAUGUAAAGAAGCACAAGUCUUUUUAUGGACAAGCUCAUGUUUACGUUAAUUAUAUUCAUAAUUUGUUAUAAAAAAAUUUAACAUUUAAUCAAUCGCAUCACAUAUUUACAUAUUUUACGUUGCCAAAAAUAUAUUUAAGAAACAGAUAUGAUUAAAUUAAGUAAGUCUAAUCACAGUAACUAUACCAGUCACACAAGAUAUACGCAUAAUAUACGCAUAAUAUAUUGCAUAAAUGCAAUUCCAUUGGUGUGCAAUGAAAGAUAUGUAGAACAUAUUACAGAUACAAUAUUAGAUUUUUUUUUUCACUCGUAUCUUAGUUUUUGUUAGUAAAAGCUUAAUCCUCUCUAUUCCGAUAAAUUUAACAUACGCUCGCGUAAGCUACAGAAAUAUUAAGUUUUUACUAGGAAACGCCUAACUUUUUUAUAGAGUAGACAGAACAUUUGUACGACUAUUACAUUUACUAUUACAUAUCUUUUUGAACACGUUAUGUUAGAUUGCGUCUUGUAUAUUCUACCCCUGUAAAAGUUUCUUGAGUCACAGCGACAAUAAGGAAAUAUUUAACAUAACAGUAGCAGAUAAUCGAACAUAUAGAGUCCUAAAAAAAUUGAAAAUUUCAAGUAGAUACAUUAUGUAAUUGAUUUUUCUAGGUUUUAUACGCACAUAGUGCUUAUUUAUAUAUAUAAAGGAAUAGAUGUGUGCACACGCACACAUGCAUGUCUGUUUCCUCUUUGCUAUUUUUUGUUUGUAUGAAAAGUAUGACUAUUAUUUAUUAUUAUUACACACAUUUUCGACAGCACGAUUUUUUUACCUUUUGAAGUCUUCCGUUAUAUUUGUUUACCAAUAAUUAAAAAAUAAAUAAUUAAUAAUUAAUUAAGAAAUAAAUAAUUUAAAAAAAUGUUUUACCAAAGGCAAGCAGGAAAUGCUUACAAAAAGUGUAAUAUUUUGUUUUUUUAUUUUUUUAAAUUUUUAUUAAUCGUAGAACAGAAUUAGUAUACAUGUAUGUUCAAAGUGAUACGUAUAUCAAAGACAGGAAUAUAAUGUUAAAAAAAGAAAAUGUUAGAAAAUAUUCAUCAUCUUAUGAUAUUAACGUAUUCACUGCCAUAUAUGCGUUGGCAUAUAUACAUAAUCUUUAGAAUAUUUUCUGCAGUUUCUUGCUUAGAAAAUAGUUGAUUGAUGUGAAAAAACAAUAUGCCAAAUAAUUGAAAGUUUACAUGAUAUAAUCUUCAUAUACGAUGUAUACUAUAAGUAUACUAUAAGUCGACAUUAUUAUGAAUAUCUUAUUUAUUAUCUAUUGCGUUAAUAUCAUACUUUUAAAACUUUUAUCAUUUUUACUACUGGAUACUUUCAAAACGUAUAAAUGAAUAUUAUUAAAAGACUGAGCUGAUCGGUAAAAUAAUACGUAGAAGAUUAGUAAAUGAUAAAAGUAAAAUCAAUAUAGUCAGAAUAUUUUAUAAACUACACGAAAGAUAUAUGUGAAUUUUUUAAUAUUUUUGUAUAAUUUUAGACAUUUGUUUUCAUGCAACGAAUAAUAAACGAACGAUUUUAAUAUUAACGUUAAACAAUCUUUUAUGAUUUUCUGAAUUCUGUAAAUAUUUUUUGCAGGCUCUAAACAGAUAUAAAAUCAGCAAAAUAGUUUAAAAUUGGUAGUGAAUAAGUUAAUAUAAGAUUUCUUUGGCUUUAACAUUCAACAAUUUUACGUGAAAGAGAAAUAAAUUUGCCUUGAAUAAAAGAAAUCUCUGUUAUACGAUAUUAUCGGGAAAAAAUUGGUUCUUUUUAAUAUGUUAUUUAAAUUCUCAUAUAACAUAUUCCCAUUUUUAGUAAAAAAAAGCUCUGGAUUAUACACUUUACAGUAAAUAUCAAAGAUUGAUAAGAUUUUUCUAAAAUAAAUUAAACGGUAAAGAAAAGUUCACAAUUUAAUUGUGACAAAUUUCAUUUUUAUUUGAAGAAUUAUUUCUUCGAUUAAAUAGUUAUUUAAAUAAUUAACUUUUAUUUAGAUAACUGCACUUUAUUGUCGCUGCACUGUAUCAAAAUGAUUAUGUAGAAUAUUAAAAUAAAUAAAAUCUUUUUUAUCUCUCCUUAUUGUUUUUUUAAUUAAAUUAUUCUGUGAAUUUUGUAAUCAUACUUUGUAUACGCAUAAUUCGAAAAACGAUGAACAAUAUGAAUAGUAAAUAAAAAACUUUUAUUUUGGAAUGAACACAUUGGAUAGAAAUUUGUGGGAAUAACGCCCACCUGAAAAUUCUUGCAAUAUACGGCGUGCACAUGGAAGAUUGUAAUAUCUGUAAAAACCGAAUUUGUUCACCUUUCAAAAUUAUCGCCAGUGCUCAAUAUCUUACAUACAUACAUAAAUGUAUAUGU